ACAUAAAAACAAUGCGAUCGCGCUGCUACCUCGACGUGGUUUGUUCAACUAUAACGGCUCGUCCGAUUAUUGCCAGAUGCACUUGGUUACCUUGGUAGCACGCAUGCGUUUCGUGAGACACGAGGAACGCGUAAAUUGGAUUCCGUCGAACGACGUGUACCUCUUGGAAACACCUUGUAUACACAGUGACACCGUUCCACGCGUACAAAUUGUCGAUUAAACUUUCUACGAUUGCUCCUCAACGCUUCAUCGCUGCUCGCGAUUUCACGAUGUCGUCGUCUAGCUACUUGUACAAGCUAUCUCUAACCUACAACUUCGCGGAUCGUUGCAGUCUUGCCAACUACCGCGACUGCUGUAUCUUGAACGGCCUCGAACGCGACAAGGAUUACCGCGAUGACGUUGCGCAGCUCUCUCUUCCUCUCCUUCUGAUCCACCUCCUAACCCCAGUCCGUUUACUCGAACGCUUGCGCCGCGUAAUAUUCAGUUUGGGUUAGGUUUGCCACGAUGCUGCCAUCUGCCAAUCAAUCUUCGAAAUAAUCUGUUUUCGCAAUAUAGUUCCAACAUUUAACGAAACGCUGUAUUCUCAAUCGGUCUAAAUAAAAGUUGUUCGAGUUAUUCUCCCAGUUAAUAUAGAGCGUUACAAAUGCGAACGACGGACUUUACUCUUGUUUGCUUACUUCUUUUAAACCAAGAUGACGAGAAAUAUCGUUGAUGCUACGGCCCUUAACCAUCGAUCGAUUAUGGGUAGCUUGUAGACCUACGUUUCGUUCUUCUGUUCCUAAAUCCAUUGUACAUAACCUCUUCCGCCUUUCGAGAUACGUUGGAGUAAUCGUCGUUGCUAUUUCGCUGCAUCGCAUUCGCUAAAAAUGUCUUGGUUAUUCGGAAAGAAGAAACGACAUAAGGACUCGCCUCCCGAUUCGACGGAAGAAGAACAGUCAUCGAGUCAAAGCGAUGGAUUCGAUAUCAUUUCAAUGCCCCCAGCAAUGCCAAUGGAUACAAGCCACAACACCGCGGCUACGCAUUCUAGUAGUAAUUUAUAUCCGUACGUUCCUCCUGUUCCAAACUUUGGCCAAGGUUUACCGCCCGAAUUGCACAAAGACUAUAAUCAAGGAGAGAACGCACCGCACUAUUUGAACGGAGUUCCAUUUAAAUUGUGCAAACGUCUGGAGAUUAACGCGAGCAACGAUUUCGAGAUAGACCAACUUAGAAUUAGCGAGAUUUUGUCUUUUAUAGAGAGAAUAGAAAAUCGAAAUUACGAUUAUAGUUUCUCGUUGGAAGAAAGCAUCAUGGCAGAAAUGAAUAGUAGAAGCGACGAAUGAUUUCCUUUCCAACGCGCAAUGUCCACGAGAUCGUCUAAACCACCAUUACACUCGUUACUUUGAUUAAUGCGUUCGUAAUUAAACGCGUACUUUCUACUCGUGGUUUAACGAAGGAAAGGAAAACAAAGAAAAGAAACUAAACCAAAUUACCUUCACCCACGCUCGAUAAUGCACGAGCACAAAUUUAUUCGAUAAAGAAAAUACGCGACUAAGUUUUUGUACGCGCGUUUGUAACAUAGCACUUAUUCAUAAUUUUAAGUAUACUCUAUAUUAUAUGUUAUGAGUUUGUACAUUUGUAUCGGAUGUAUAAUUUUA